AUGGAGAAGGGCCACAUUCGGGCCCAUUGCCGGAACCGGAACGUGGAGACCUUCAAUUGUGGGGAAAGGGGCCAUAUAAACUCGGUGUGUAGGAAGCUUCGAGGUGGUGCAACGAGCGGUAGUGAGGACCGCCUGCAGCGGAAGGAGUUUGUCGGUGUGGCGUUUACGGCGUGGCGCAAAGAGGCGCGGGUGCCGGCGGAUGUGUGGCUUGUUGACUCGAGAAGCACUCAACACAUUACGCCGGAUAAGAGGCACUUUGCAUGCUACGAACGGGUUGCGCGUGCGCACAAAAUUGAGGGGCUUGGAGGAGAAGCCUUGAUGGCGGUGGGGAUUGGGAAGUUGUCUUGGAGUGUGAGACGCCAAACGGAGCGGGCAAGUCAAGACGGAGCGCUGGUUUGGGAAGAUGGCACCGAAACCGAAAGUGAGAGUGGAGCGGAGGUGAGGCCGGUCAAGGUCAUUGAGGUUGACCUUGAGUCGGACGAUGAGUCGGACGACGGGGUGAAGGAGACCCAACGGGUGGAUGUGAGCGUCAGAGAAACGGAGUCUCCACCAGAGAAAAAGACAAAAAAGCACGGCGCAAUGGAAGCCGUGGGAGCGGCAAUGGAAACCAUGGGAGCAACCGCAGCGGAAGCGUAA